UCGCUUAUCGCAGACCUCUACGUUAUGACCGCCGCGCAUUGCACUGCUGGGUUCCGUAAAGAGAGAAUCACUGUACGUUUCUUGGAGCACGACCGAAACGUCGCCAACGAGACGACUACGAUCGACAGGAAGGUGGCGGCCAUUAUCCGCCAUCCUAGAUACAACCCGGGAACAUAUGACAAUGAUAUCGCCAUGUUGAAAGUUGAUGAGAAAUUAGAUUUGAGCAAAGUGAUCAAGAAAUUAAGAAAUGAAGAUGGCACAGAGGAAGAACAAGAGCGUGGUGUAGGAACCGUAU